CUAACAACAGUGGCAGUAGCAGCAGCGUCGUCAGCAACAGCAGCAGUAGCGGUGGUGGUGGUGGUGGUGUGGUCGCUACCGAUAGCAAUAAAAGUGAUCUACAGGUUGUAAUCCUAGACUGACCCGAACCGCCGAAGAACAUGCACUUUUCCCAACAACAGCACCACCAUCAACAACAUCAUCAGCAGCAACAGCACCACCGCCAGCAACAAUCCAAUAUGACGAAUUCCCAUAGACAUCAGCAUCAGCAAUACCAUUCCCAUCUCCAUUUAUCCCAUCACCACACCACUCAGCAAGGUAUUCACCAUCAGCAACAGCAGCAGCAGCAGCAGCAGCAACAGCAGCAACAACAUAACUUGCGUCACUACAACAAUUCACAAUUGCAGCAACAUCAGCUACAUCAACAACAACAACAGCAGCAGCAGCAACAACAUUUGUUGCUUCAGCAACAAUACCAGCAGCAUCACCCUACGCAACUGGCGCCACCAUUAACACACCACAACAGCUAUCACCAACACAGUCACCAUCUGCAUCGCCAACAUAACCAAUCUCAGCAACAACCACCACAUCCCUACACCAUGGAAGCACUGCUCAAUUAAUAUGCUAAUAAAACACAUGCAAAAAUAAGCUAACAAACAAAUAGCACGAUGGCAAUGAAUGCUGUUAACAGGGAAGCAAAUUUAGCUCGUUUGGAUCCUUAGAAUCCUUUCGCAUGUGAUCCAAAGUUUGUGGAGCUAGCAGAUAAUCGUUCUGCAGCUCCGUAAGUUUUGAAAGAUUCAGUUGUAUUGUACAAACAGAAAAUAAUCACCCACUGGUUGGAUAAUAUAGUGACUGAUCGUCGAUUUUCUUUCCAUAGCACCGAGACUAAAGCCGCAUCUUUGAGAAGUAGGUAUAGUUUUUAAAACCUAAAAAGAUUAAGGAUACGGACAGCUACAAAUUAGCGACUUCAAACAAGCAAACACACACACACACACAUACAUACAAAAACAAACGUAAUGGAAGGGAUCAUACAAGUAAGCGUAGUAGCAAAGCGAAUAGAAGCCACGACAGAAGCGUAUGCAUUAGUUAGAACAAAAAAAAAUGAUGGCGCUAAAAGAAUCCCCCGGUCACGACGGAAUGAAUGAA